AUUUCUAAAAUGGCCGUAGUGACUACCAAAAUGCCCUUCUUUGCUCGUGAAAGUGAAAUAUUGAAAGGAUGAUUGCAAAUUCUAUCUAGCUCUACUAGAGCUGCUAUUUGUGUAAAGUAUGGCUGGUAUAUCAAAACUGGAAGAGGUUUUCAGUGACGACGACAGCUCCAGUUUUUGGACUACCCCUGCCGAUGACAUCUUCCGGUUUUCGAAUCUCUCCCCAAGUCACAUGUCCGUACUUAAAGAGAGCGGACCAUUUGUUGCUGUAGUAUUGUCUUGUUGGGAUAAUGUUUUGGGGCCAAGACUUCAACAUGUGUGGAGAGGAAAUGGAGACACAGAGUCCCAGGAAAAAAGUGUCAAGUAUGUGGUCGGCCGAACUCUCCAUGGAGAACUCUUACGAGAUGCACCUGAAAAUGUGGUGGACACAAAACUAUAUGUGGUGAAGGAUUAUGGCAUUGUGUGUCAUUCAUUUAUAUUCUCAGGCUGUGACAAGUAUGGCAUCAACAUUUCUGCACUUUCUUUCAUCAUCCCAUUAUCAGAAUUCCAGAAUUACUUGCCAUUAUUAGAGUUAGUGGAAGAACGUGUAAAGAUUCUUAUUGCAAAGUUGAGAGUCUUACAAGCCAAGAACUUGACAUCUUCCCUGUCAGCAUUCAGCAAAUAUCUUCCUCGCUUUAUCCAGACUAUCGCAAGUCUGAAAACAGCAGGCAUCCCUGAUUCUAUUCCAUUAAGUGAGACCUCCUUUGGCCCAGGACAAGCAAGCAGCUUGGAUGACCACUUCUUAAGAAGAGUCAUCACAUCUCACUUGCAAACAUUUGGAAGUACUCUUGUUGUAGGGAAAGCCUUGGAUAAGGUCAACUUGAUGGUUAACACUUUGGCAUUGAUGCUUUCUCCUGAAGAGCGUAAACGGUCGCGGUAUGCAGUGGAUACAUUGGCUAAUGACAGCAGUGACUUUUAUGACUCUGACUUAUUUGUUCAAGGCUUGUUAAAGAGUUCCAAAGAGUCGUUUAGCCUUCCAGUUAAAGGCAUAAUCACCAGUAGUCUGCCAAGUACUCUUGUUGACAUGGAUACCGGGGAGGUCAAACAGACUUGCCCCUUUAACGAACACAUCGUGAUUCGUAGAGAGUUUAUUGACAUCGAGUUAGCACUUUUGUCAGAAGAAGCAGAGGAUACGCCUGUUUUCCCGGAACUGGGUUUGCUUCAUUACUCGGAAGAAAUCGGCCUCCUAGUACAAACAUUCAUGCAUGAUAUCCAAAUUCUUCCAUACGUCUGUGGUGUUCGUGAAGGAUUCAUUGACAACUUCUUACGCCUUCUCGACCGAAAAGCCCUCGCUCUCAUCAAAUACGUAGAAACGCAAUCGUCGCUCGGUACAGUGCCACUUAAUGACGCGGCUAAGAGACAGUUACGUCAGGACCUACAGCUGGUUACCGAAGCUGAUUACUCCAUUGUACUAACACGUGCAGAGAAAUUACAUCCGGGGAUUUACACGUUUCUUAAAGGCGAUCCCAGGCAAAACGCGGACCGUGUCCAAGCCCUUUUCGAGUCUUUUUGACGACCUUACGAAAAGAGAAGAAACUGGGGAGAAGUAACUCUGACCAAUAGCAACUUAUCUAUCCAGCCUCGUUAUCAUGGACCCUUAAACGAGGCUUUAGUUGCCAUUGGUUUCAGUCAGUUUCUAGAUCUUUUAGGACACGCAGGUCGCGCUUUUUGCAAUAAAGUGUUAGGUGGAUUUGAAAAGUUUUAUAACCAUUCAAUGGAAGACCGUUCCCAAGGAUAGUAUUUUGCCGCGAGAUUAAGCUCGAAAACGUGAAUGAAAAUCUGAAAUUAUAAGAACUCGCACGAAUAGGAAUAUACAAGGAAAUGAAAUCAGUCUAUAUUUUGAAAAUGAAUUCAUUUCAAUUUAACAUAUCAGUCGAUAUGAGGUGAUCCUUCAAGUUUAACCGCGCUCUAAGCAAUGCAAAAAUUUACGAAAAACUUGUAAUAAUCAGUGUUAAUAGGACAUGAAUAGGUGACUCCCGAACUGAACCUCGUCGUAUUAAAAUGCGCCAUGUUGAACUUCAUUAAAACCUGAUGUUUUCAGGCUUCGGUUUAUCGUUAUUUAGUAUAUUAAUUUUGUACUUGUAAACAAAACUUUCAAAAAUGGAUAGAUUCCAGAAUCUAAUAAAAAUAAAUUUAU